AAGGGUCUCCGUCAGCGCUUAGGUUUAAGUGAUGUCUAGGAGUAUAGACCACUGAGAUUUUGACCUUAUGGCAGCAAAGUCAAAAAGGUUACUGAAAGUUAUAGAUGGAAUACGUUCUUGGAAUAUUAGCUCGUCUCAGCCAAAUUCGUCACCAAAGUCAGCCAUUGAAAUCGAUGAGUAUUUAAAGAGUGAACAUUUCCAAGUUGGAAAGAUCGCUGUGCACGGUUUUCCCCACCAACCAACUUGUAUCGCUUUUGAUCCCGUUCAACGAAUUGUUGCUAUCGGAACGAAGUGUGGGUUCAUCAGAAUUUUCGGAAGACCAGGUGUGGACUGUAGCAUCUGUCAUCCCUCAGCAUCUGCUGUCCUUCAAAUAUUCUUUCUCGUCAACGAGGGUGGAUUGGUGUCCAUUUGUGGUGAUGACGUUGCACACUUGUGGAACAUACGACAAAAGAAUCCAGAAAUAGUACACUCGUUACAGUUCAAACGUGAACAUUUGACUUGCGGUCAUCUUCCUGUUGGCAGCAGUUGGCUCUAUUUGGGUACUGACAAGGGCAACGUGAAUUUCAUAAGUGUUCAACGGUUUACUACAUCGGGCUAUGUGAUUAAUUGGAACAAGGCUAUCGAUCUAUCUCAGUCGUCUCAUCCGGGGAAAGUUAUUCAGAUAGCUGAGAAUCCUCAAGAUUCAAACAAGAUUCUUAUUGGUUAUUCUUCGGGAUUUCUUGUAUUAUGGGAUCUAAAAACCAAACAGGGUGAUGCUCGUUUCAAACAUACAGAUAGUUUGUAUAGUGUAGUCUGGCACUGGGAUGGAAAAAGUUUCCUUACUUCGCAUAAUAAUGGUUUACUUGCAACUUGGUUAAUUCGCCAACCACAACGUCCAGUUUCUGUGAUCUGCCCGCAUGCCCCUGGUGAAGCGGUUCCAGAUGACUAUAUAUUUUACGAACCGAUACGUUUGGUAGAAUGGCUGCCUACUAGAAAUGGCGAACCAUUCAUUAUCUUUUCUGGUGGUGGCCGUUCUCCUGGAGCUCAAACUGUCAUUCAUUCAUCAGUAGCUACUACUAAUGUCUCCUCGACGUCGUUACCUAAUUCAGAUCCAUCUGAAAAUGAUCCAAAUUUAUCAUCAUCAUCAUGUAUGGUUUCUAGUAAUCAUAUGUUGACUAUCAAAAGAGGCAAAAAGUUGGUUGUUUUACAAUUGGAUCAUAAACUUGUUCAAUUUACAACUCUUUGUAUGUCUCCUUACACAAGUGAGACAAUGGAUCCUUAUGCAGUUGCCAUAUUAUUACAAGAAGAUCUUGUUGUUAUUGAUCUUUUAUCUACAAACUUCGCAACAUUCGAAAACCCAUAUCCAAUGGAUUUGCAUAGUUCUCCUGUCACCAGCUGUUUAUAUUUAGUUGAUUGUCCUGGAGACUUGAUACCUGCUUUCUAUUCUGUUAGCAGUCGUCGGAAUCGUACUCAAAGUGGCACGUGUGCCGAACCUGAUGUAUUCAGCAGUCGCGAAUGGCCUAUUACUGGAGGAGAAUGGAGAUUAAGUAAUCAACAAGUUCCUGAAUUAAUCAUAACGGGACAUGCUGAUGGAUCUGUUCGAUUUUGGGAUGCAUCGGAAGUUUCGUUGACGCCACUUUAUAAGUUUCGUACUUCGAAGUUGUUCGCAAACCCAUCAACUAGUACAUCUAAUCCUGUUGAAACAGGCAGUACCUCACUUUCUGAUGCAAAAGAUACCAAUGCUCAAUAUUCUUCGAUUUUAUUAGCAACUGAAAGCGAUCCUUUUGCCAUACAUUUUAUGCACUUCUGCUCGGAUUCCCGUAAACUGUUAACUGCAAGCAGUUACCAUACUUGUUUAUUACACUUCAGUCGUCGAGAAAUAAAUCUUGAGACUGCAGUUAUGGAUAUCAAUAUGGCUUAUGAUGGAUUAGAUGAUAUUGGUUUCGCCUAUUCAACUGGUGAUACUUUCUCUGAUGAUCAUUUGAAUACUGCUGAAAAUUUAUCCGGUAACGUGACUAAGGAUACUGUCCAACAGUCAUUACCUCAUGUAUCCAGUGGAAGUGUUAGCUCUUAUCAAUCUGCAUCUCCAACAGAAAGGGAUUUACGUGUAUUCGUUCCAGUACGUCAAGGUAGCCAUCAUUGGCCUCCAGGCUACCAACCACUUCUUGUUUGUCGUGUAGGCAUACUUGGACUAAACUUUGAGUCAAAUCUAAAGUCAAGUACCGAUCCUACAUCUUCCUGUUUCAUCCCUCCGCCAUCCAUUACAGCUAUUAGCAUGAGUUCAGCUUUUAGUUUAAUGGCUAUUGGAAGUGAAUUCGGCAUUGCUGUUGUGGAUUAUAUUCACAAGAUUUGCUUGCUAUCUAUUUCAUCUUCUGACUUAUUAAGUCGCGGUCCUAUCAAUCUAACUGGGUCGUCUGCUUCGGGUGAAGUGAAAUUCUGUGAUCAGAAUAAUAGUUCAGCUGGCUCAACUUCGUUGGCUAAUACAUGCAUUAUAAACAAUCAGACAGCUUUGAAAAACGUCCACUCAAAUUCAGAUGCUGCACAAUCGAGUGAGUCAUCUAGUACCGGUUAUACAACACGCUAUGUAUUGUCAAGAGCUACAACUGUCAAAAGUGAAUUGAAACGUGCCAAGUCCCAAGUGGUUUUGGCCUGUCGAACAAAUCAAUCAUCUCGUCAACAAGGACAAACGUCUAAUGCACAAAACACUUCUUCAGAAAAGUGCUCCGACCUUUCACAGUUUUCACAUCCGGGAAGUUUAACCGCAAGUUCUAGCUCAUUAGAUAAUCUAAACUGUGAGACAAUUAAAACAAUUUUAUUCAGUGAAUGGAUAUCCCCUAAACAAGACUUACAUUUUGUCCCAAAUCUCUGGAUCGGGACAUCUCGCGGAUGUGUCCUUGCUUUGAAUCUAAAGUAUCGAGUAUUGAAUAAUGUCCCAAUCAAUCACUCAUAUUGUAUUGCUUCUUUGUAUCGUUUACGUGGAGAUAUUAUUCACAUUAGCCUGUUGGAUAAUACCGGUGAUAUUUUACCGAGUCCUUCUGAGCGUUGGGAUGAUUCAUUUAUUUUCAAAGGUGGUGCUGCCUCUGAACUUUCGAAACAAGCAUCUCUUAUAUCUUGUUCAUCCAUAUGUUCUGAAGGAACUUCUAUGUAUACUAAUGCUGACGCAUAUAGUUCAACUGAUACUGGUUUCAAGUCUUGUGGUGGUGGUGGCAGUGUUCGAGCAUUGAAAGAGUCAGUUAUUCGACAAAAUACAGUCACCACACAUACGUCUUCAACAUCAACAUCGGGUCACUCUAGUACUAUACUAUCCAAUACUAUGAGCGGUGGUGUUAGUACAUUUCAGUCAAUUGGUACAACUGGACUUGAUUCUCCUACAACAUCCAAAGGUUUUAUCGAAUGUGACCGACAGCUGGUUGUCCUUUGUUCAGAAAAGCAAGCUCGAGUAGUUGCACUUCCUUCACAAAAUUGUCUUUAUAAGGUAAAAAUAACUGAAACAAGUCAAGUGGUACGUGCUUCCGUACAACGUUUGAGACCAUCGCAUAAUAGCGGAGCAUCAACGGCUAGUUUCCUCGCAUGUUAUCUUGCAAAUGGACAUUUUGUUGCCUUCUCAUUACCGAGUUUACGUUUACUAAUGGAUGUGGAUUAUUUACCGUAUACAGAAUGUGUAAGCCGUUCGUUUGCAUUUGGUCAGUAUGGUCAAUCUGUGUAUUUGGUGUCGCCCUCAGAAUUAACUAAAAUCACCUGGGCAUCAGAUGUUUGUGCGAAUUUACGUGAUAUGCAAGGUGAGAUAUUUCUACCAAGUAAUAUGCCAGAACCUCCUAAGAAAAACUUUUUUAAAAAUUUGUUAAGUGGAACUUUGGUAUCUUCGUUAGAUCGAGAUGAAUUGUGUAAGUUUAACCAUAUUACUACUUCCUGUCACAGUUCUUUUGCUUAGUUCUCAUAAUUUUAUUUCAUAUACCGUUCAUACUAUUCUUUUCGUAAACCACUGAUAAUUGUUUAGCCUGUUUUUAUUUCAGAUUGUUUUCCACAAUCAGUCAACUUUCUUUUGUUUACAAUGAGUUAUUCUACUUUCAGUUUAUGAGUAGUACAUCUUUUGGCAUAGUGAGACUUUAUCGACAAUCUCAAUGUCUUUUGUCACUAAGAUUUAGAGUGAUCAUUUUGUUUCGUAUCAUAUUUACGAACUCAUACAAUAGAUUUUAUGUCAGAUUCGUUCAGUGAAACUAAGUAAAAACUUUGAGUUACACUGGAUAUAGAGUGAAGUUAGCAAAACCUAAAAUCAUAAAUUAACUCAAAUAAAUCAUUGUAGUAGCCUUAAAGUGUAUUCAAAUUAUUCAAGUUGUAGAUGAAGAUGAUUUCUUUAUUGAGAUGAAGCAAAUUUAUAUAUAUACUGAAUGCUUUUAACGAACGUAUUCUGACUAACUUUUGCGAAAUUAAUGUUGACAAGUUUGGUUAUGCGUGCCAAAUUGGUAAAUAGAAGCCUUGUUUAUCUGUAGAUUACAUUUGAUACGAUAACGGCAUUUAUAUGUAUAUAUGCUACGAAAAAGUUUUAAGUUGGGAAAUGAAUGAUAUGUUUAUCUCAAUUGGGAUAUGAUAGGGAAAACUAGUAAAUUAUCCCUUCCCUUACUACAUUUUGCAUUCUUCAUUAGCCAUUUAUUGUUAAAUGAGUCAUACUAUCUGGGUUGAAAGCAGUUUUGAUUCCUUAAUUUUCUCUAGCAGUUCAGUUUUUUGAAGUGAACUCGGUUAGGGUUUAGUCACUCCAAUAAUUUUAUCAAUUGAUCGCACCGUUGUAACACUAUCAUUUCCCAAGUUUUUGCAUCAAACAAGGGUUUCGCCUAUCACUUAAAACUAAAUGGGUCAUUUUAAAUUUUGUCUGACAUUUCAGUCAGUUUCUCAUUCUUGGAACACUUCCAUCAACGUUUAAGCAGUAGUAAUAAAAUGUUUACGUAGUCAAGACUAAUUAAAGAUUUCUGUAUGCCAAUUUUCUCAUCUUUAAUUUGAUUUUAUAACUAAGAGUUAACCAUCUCGAUCGUGGUAAGAAUAUCAGAUUGAAUAGUUGAAAGAGUUAAUGAAUCAACUCAGACUACCUUCGUUUGUUAUAUUUUUUGGCUCAGUAAAUUUUUUAUUUGUACACUUAAAGUGACAUUUAUCAUAUGUCAUUUAACUAAAAAAGAUCGCGCGCAAGCCUAGUAAUAGUAUAUAAUCGUAUAACUAUCGUAAGAAAUAUUUAGACAAGCAAUUUGUCUUCGGUAGAAAGAAAAUGCUUUUAUCAGUACUGUUCAUUUUGUGACAGCUUUUACCAACCAUAGAAAGUGCAAAAUCGAGCUUGAACUAAUUUUUGCAUAUAUAAAUAUUUUGGAGUAAAUCAGAUUAGAAUAGUAGAUAUAGUGGCUAUGCUCGAGAUGAAAGUGGUUUCAGUUAAGUUGACAGUAAGUCUGCAAGUUGGAAAUAAUCAACAACUUUAUGUUUGGUAGAAUUUCGAACACCGAGUGGUAAUAGAAAAGAUUAGGCACCAAAGAUACGACUCGAAAUGAAAAUAUAAAUUGGUGGAAUAAGACACAAAAAGAUUUAUAAGCAAUUUAGAAUCUCAGGAUUUGAGGAAAGACAAAUAAUAAAUACACCUGCGCCGUUGCAAAUAAUUCUGAGCUAUGUUAUUUAAGAUUUCUAACCAUUGGUUACGAUAAUCACGCGAAGGAUUAGUUGUGAGGAUAGAAGAACAAUUAAGAGAUGAAAGAGGGAUUCAGUCGUCAACAAGAUAAUCCCGGGUGUUUGUAGCGAUAGGAGGGCGGUUGUUACUACUUGGUUGCCCAUACUAUGGAAUGGAUUUUUCUUCGUGAUGGACCCCAAAAAGCUGAAUUUCUGGUGGUCUUAGCGACCUGGAAGCGUGACCACAAAGCACAAAGUAAAACUGCUUGAGGGCGGUAGCGCACGGCCUUUUAUGGGAUGCUUUUGAUGAGUUGGAUUCGCACUUUCAAAGGCCUUACUGUCGAGGACGGAAAUCCUUGGGGUAAGGUGUGACAUUUUUAGGGUCGACCCUUUCUAACCUGUUGCUUUCGUUACGAGAAGAGAGCAUCGCUAAAGAUGCUGGUUGCCUGAGUGAAACCCCUUACUACUGUUACACUCCACUACAGUCAGCAAUACAACUUCGCCCUCUGGUUCUAAGUUUCUGCUUCUAAUCUUACCGUUCUCCAACCGUCGUGUACGCAAGAUACUCAAUAUCAGUCGGCCAUAAACCAUCAGCAACAGCCUACUGUGAGAGAGAAUAUACUAGGUUCCGGCUGAGGAAAUUAGGAACAGAUACUGGAAGUGAAAAUCACCAUACUGCAUCACGAGGCAAGCGCCAAGUCGGAGUCUUGAAGGGAACCAGUAAAGAGGAAGGUCGGGAACCGGAAGCAGACAUGAGAAAGAUCAAUAGCAACUGGGAAGGAUUGUCCAGGACGGAGUUAGAUGGAGGAUGCUGGUGAGCGACCUAUGCUCCUUGACGAGGGGUAACAAGUAUAAGUAAGUAAGCUCCCCAACCAACCAACCUGGCAUAGUAGAGCCUAAAGGAAUAUUUAUUCCAAGCAAUAUAGUCUAGUUGAGUCAUCGCAAUAGGUAUGCCAUCAAAUUAAGGUAGCAGCUGCGGUUGAGCGGUUACUUAUUAAAGAUGUUCAAACUCAGUGUUCACUGAGUUCACACAACAAAGAUAAGCAACUAAACAUUAUCUAGGUUUGUUGGCUGUAAAUUACUGUUCUCUUAAUCAUCGUUGUUAGGUAAUUAUUGAAAUAUAUUUUGACUUUUUUAAUAUGUUGGAGCAUGGUAAACAUAAGCCAUGCAAAUUCUGUAUGCAGCCGCACUUUGUCAAGCUGCAUUUUACUUAGACUAUUGUCUUCGAACCAAAGUUCUCAUUUUCAUUGAGUCAUUGUAGUGAGGUAUUAUAACGCUCAACACAGUAGUCACAAAUCAACACCAGUGGAUUUAGGUGGUUUAUAUCAUGUAACAAAUACACAGAAAUUCUCAUUCUCUAGUUUGUUCUUGCUUUAGUUGGUGAGGCAAGUUCGGGGAAGGGGACACCUGGCGCUACUACUUUACUACCAAAUGCUCGUUUGGAAAAGUUAUCUGGUCAAACUGGUGCUGCUUCUUCUGAAAUUGCACGAGCUAGAAAUGCUGCUAUCGAACGUGGUGAGCGGUUACAGCAAUUAGACCUACAAACGCAAGAGAUGGCUGAUCAAGCUAAAGGUUUUGGUCGUUCUGCUGCUAUUCUCGCUGCCAAAUACGAGAAAAAGGACAAACGUUGGGGUUUGCCAUUCUAAAGAAGACUAUUAUUGCAGCAAUUGACUCUUCCUUAUUUUCCUACUUGAUUGCUCUCAGGUAACUUUGUUGACUUAGUAUUUCGGGGCCUACAAGAUUUCGUAACUGUGUUCUAUCUCACUUUAACCCAUGUGCUAAAAACAAUGGUGAGCGAUAUUCUACUUUCAUAUUGAGGACGAGUGAACAUUAUGUUUAUAUUUUCGUUCUUUGGUUUUCCUCCUUAAUAUAUAUCCGAUGUAAUAACAUGUACGCUGUAGGGACUUACGUUUCUGUAUGCUUGUGACUAAUCAUCACUGUAACCGUUGUUUUUGUAUUGACUGUGGAUUUUGAAAUUCUUAUUGUAUUUUCUGUUGCGUUAUCAAGAUGUUUAUAUUUGAGUUAUUAUUUUCUAGCAUCAUACGGAGUUCUUGUUUGUGAUGUCUUACACAAUUCGUGUUGUUGGUCACCACUCUAUAUCCAUCAGAUAUACAUCAUGAAUAUUCACUUGUUCAAAGGAACACAAUUCCUCCUCUUGGUUAAUUUACAUUAACAACUGUGAUUGCUAUUUUUGUUGUACUGUUGGAUCAUAUGACAAUUUUGUCUCACCACUCACUUUAUAUAUAUAUACCUUCUAGUCUUCAUUAGCUGAAUCUUAAUUAUUUCAUAAGCUUGUAAAAGCGUCGAACGCAUUAUUUCAAAAUCGAUCGCUCUUUUCAGAAGCUCUCUGUCACAUUCAUCCCUAAAUUUAUUGGGUCAUUUUACUCAUUAUUUUUCAUUUCGUAUGUUCUAUUUAUAUCAUUAAAACUUAGAAACAAAAUAACCAACUUUGUCCAUCGUUUUCUU